AUGACAACAUUAUGGGGUGAUAUACUACAAAGAUUCAACAAAACUAGUAAACAAUUGCAGUCAGUUGAGUUUGAUUUAGGAACAGUUGUAAGUGUAUACGAAUUCUUAAUUCGAUAUGUAUUAGAUUUAAGGAGUAUGUUUGAUACAUAUGAAGAGAGAGCAGUUAACAAAUCGGGACACAAAAUAUAUCGAAAAAUACGCAAAAGAAAAAGAGAAUUAACUGUAGAUGAAAAAAGAGAAGGAGAAAUCAAUUUUGAAAUUCGAUAUUCUUUAAGGAUUAAUACUUAUUAUGCUAUUAUUGACAAACUACAUUCUGAACUAGAAAGAAAAAAUUUGUAUUAUGAUGAAGCUAAUAAAAAAUUUAACUUUUUGUUUCAAAUAAUAAAACUACCACCAUUAGAAGUUUACAAAAAAACACAAAUACUUCAAAAUAUAUAUAAAAAUGAUUUUUCGUCUUCAUUUGCGAAUGAGUGUAUACAAUUCAGAAGUUAUUUAAUGAGUUUAACUGAAAACAUAAGACCUAAAACUAUAGUAGAUAUUUUUAUCAGAACUGAAAAACUUCAAUAA